AUGGCUGAAACAUCGACGGCUUUACAAAAUUGGUCGGAGAUUUGGAGAAAAGAUUUCUACAAUGGAAUUACGUUGAAUACACAGAAAUUAAAUGAAAUCGAUCCAAAUGAAUUCGAAAAUUUAUUGCCGUCGUUUAUCGAAAAUUGGAAAGAACAAGGGAUAAAGACUGUUUGGAUGAAAGUACCAAAAGAGCAUUCAAUAUUGAUCCCAAUUCUAACAAGUGCUGAUUUCGAAUUUCAUCACGCACAACCCAAAUAUUUGAUGAUGACGAAAUUUUUGCCAAAUAAAGGGAAAGCGAAUCUUCCAACUUACCCGUUCACACAAAUUGGUGUCGGUGGGAUUACGGUAGAUGAUGAAGGUCGAUUCUUGAUGAUGCGAGAAAAACAGGGCAUCUAUUUGGGUUGGAAAUUCCCGGGCGGUUUAAUGGAUCCUGGAGAGAGUUUACUAGAGGCGGCAGCUAGAGAAGUUAAAGAAGAAACUGGCGUCGAUGUUGAGGGAGUUGCUUUGUUGGGUUUUCGACAUAUGCAAAAUCUCAAAUUUGGUAUUGUCGCUGAUUUAUAUUUUGUGGUGGUGAUGCGGUUGAAACCUGGUGGAGUACAUGAACCGAAGCCAUGCGUGCAUGAAGCAGCCGCUGCUGCUUGGCUAUCACGAAAAGAGAUCGACGAGUUGAACCCGGAUGAGCAUGCCACAAUUUAUCUUCAAAGUAGCCUCAAGUAUUAUGAUGAAUGGAGAAAAUCCGGAUUGAAAGGAUUACUCGAAGAAAGCACUGAGUCGAGGGGUAGACUAGCGAAAACUUACUACUUUGAUUAUACGAAAGUUGAUGUGGAAAGAAAAGGAAAUUUA